AUGCUUCAGCCACCAAACCUCAGGAUCUUCAUUAAGGACCAGGACACUCCCAUAGUCAAAGCUAACAACCGGAACAUCACCUACACCUUGCUCUGCUCCCUCCUGCUCUCCUUCCUUUGUGUUUUCUUAUUCAUUGGCCGACCUGGAAAAGUGACCUGUCUCCUUUGUCAAACUGCUUUUGGCAUCAUUUUCUCAUUGGCUGUUUUGUGUGUGCUGGCCAAAACCAUCAUUGUGGUUCUGUCUUUCAUGGCCACCAAACCAGGAUCUAGAAUGAGGAAAUGGUUGGGGAGACAACUAGCCAACUCCAUUGUUCUUUGCUGCUCUCUUAUCCAAUCUCUCAUCUGUGCUGUGUGGUUGUCAACCUCUCCCCCAUUCCCACAUUUUGAUAUGCAUUCAAUGAGUGAAGAAAUUGUAUUGGAAUGUAAUGAAGGUUCAGAUAUUAUGUUUUCCUGUGUCCUUGGCUUUCUGGGUUUCUUGGCCAUUGUCAGCUUCACAGUGGCUUUCCUAGCCAGAAAGUUACCUGACAGUUUCAAUGAAGCCAAAUUCAUCACCUUCAGUAUGUUGAUGUUUUGCAGUGUUUGGAUGUCCUUUGUUCCGACUUACCUGAGUACCAAGGGGAAAUAUAUGGUGGCUGUGGAGAUCUUCUCCAUCUUAUCCUCCAGUGCUGGAUUACUGAUAUGUAUCUUUCCCCCAAAAUGCUAUAUCAUUGUGGUGAGGCCUGAACUGAAUAGCAGGGGAGAGCUAAUGAGAAGAAAGAAUCAGGGAAUCUAA